CCCCUCUGAUCGUCCAUCUCCGUGACAACCUUGACAGUAAUUAAAUUAUGGCCUGCGAACUCUUGUCAGCCUUUGGAAACUCUGUGUUAUGUUUCCGUUCAGCAGUCCAUGGAGACAGGAUGAUAUGAUGUUCGCUGUCGGACAUUUCCGCAAGCUAUUUCAGAUCUCUUAUAGUUCUGGACACCCUGGAUGCCAGCCUCCCCAGAACUUGCUCCCUUAGCCGGAGCUGCGUCCCUUCAAAGCUUGCGUUGACAGUCUCACACGUUCAUUCGUUGCCUCAGAGUCUUAGACAUGCCUGUCAUUUCCGACGCACUGAUUGUCCUUGAGCUCGAGUCCAUCCGAGUGACCCCAACGGCAUCCGCGAGCGCCGCGUUAGGAUCCACGACUGCAGUCGUGACGGACUCCGUCGCCAACAACGCAGCUGCAGCUAUCCUAUCAUUCCUGCAUUCUCUCAUCUCUCGACAUCCAAUCUACAGCUGGCUCUUCAUCUUCCUCUCUUUUUGCGUUGUCACUCGCUUCUUGGUGACAUUGUUGUUACACCAGCUUGAGAAGGGGGCGACACGUGACAACGAAACGAUCAUUACAAGUGAGGAGGAGCGGCGAUGGUUGAAGGAGGGGUAUUCGAUUAUAGUCGAGGGAGAGGAGCUUGAAGGCGGAACACGAGCCGCAGCUCUUCUCCAAACAAGACGGUUGUAUCAAGCGCUGAGCCGUGCUGAACUCUUGUAACUGGGGUCGUGAUCAUAUGCAAGUCAUACCUGUCCAUUGAUACUGUCUGUCGUUACUUGAAGAGUUUGCGAUUCUGCGGCGCUUCUAAAGCAGAUUGGUUCCUUCUUGAUUCUUGUUUGAACACGGUUCUCCUAUUGAGCAAGUACUGGCUACGCCUCCAUCAUUGUAAAAGAAUUGUCGUGGCCUUUGUCGUAAAUAUCCGAGCUAGUUAGUUGGGUACCGACUUAAGCACCAUUGUCAAAGUUAAGGCACUACUUUAAAUGAAGUACUUAGAUGAUGACUCAGAUAGUGCCCGUGUUGAACGCUUUCGAACUACAAAACAGAUUGAUUACAUAU